AUGACUCAGCGAUUAACGGACAUUCUGCUCCUCAAUCUGAUGACCGCGGACUUCAAGAACCACAUCUUCUACAACUCCAACCACCGCCUGGAGGAAGCGAAACAGAACGGUGCCAAACUCAACGACAUCUCCAUCGGAGAUGACUGUCUUGCUACAUGGACCGGCCGCACUUGGGACUCCGAUACAGUGUCUCUUCACGAUACUCUGCAAGAAGAUGCCUUGAAUCUUCUUGAAGCGCAGGAGACUAGCAUUAUGGGUGCUGCAGCAGAAGAAGCGAUCCCGUUUCUGCUCGCACAUAACGAAGGGGACGAAGACCACAGUUCUCCUGAGGGCAGCAUCCAUGAAGAUACAGACUCUUCUGAGGGAACUUUCGUCAACCUUGUCCCCGAAGACUCUGAGAACGACACGCUCAUGGUCACAGAUGAUGCCGAAACCAUUGACUCCGACAGUGACUCCGAUAUGGAGUCUGAGGUUACAGGAAAUGACGAUCAUCUCGCCAACAGCGAGAUCGAAGCAUCCAACAUCUUUGACCCUGAGCCCUCGUAUGAUGAUCCAGACGACUACGACGAACCAAACAUCUUCCACGGAGCUCAAGUCAUGGGCGUUCCAGCCCAGCACUCCAUCGUUGACCUCGAAGUUUACCUCGCCGAAGACGAGGACGAGGUACAAGAUCUUCCCCAGAUGGAGUUAACUAUCGAUCAAGAGUCCUACGAACAUUACUUUGGAACCGAUGGAGCGAUCGAUCUUGAGAUCGUUGGAGGUCGACUCAUCUGCACAGGGGAGCUUUUUGAGGAGGACCAGGAGAUGACAUUGGAUGAUGUGGCAGAUGACAUGGAGGUCAUGACACUCAUGGCUAGCGAUGACGAACAAUCGGAAGCAGAGGAUUGA